UGCUUUACUGACAUGGCGGACAGUAGCACUCGGGGUAUUUGUUUACAUAGGGAUAUGCAUUAAUUUGAUUGUUUUAGGGUUACAGCUCUUGUAAGGAAAAAAGUAAUCAUAAACGAAAACAUUAUUCAAGUGAUUUAACGUAUACGUAUGUGCUUUUUGUCGGAACAGAGAGGAGGAUUUAUUUGUGAUUUGAGUGUUGCUAACCACGCGAUCAUAUCUUUGUACCUGUCAACCACAUUGUCUUUGAGAAUAUUGGAAGCGGAUUCUGACCGUUAUAGGAUUUGACAUUCGCUACCAUAGAUACAGUAAUACAGAAGCACCAUGUCAUCAGCAAUUGUUGGAAAUAGUUAUCCACCAAAUUACAACACAUAUAACAGCCAGUCUGCUCCUAACCAUGGACAAAAUGUGAUCACUACAGGCGUGUUGAGCAAUAGUGAUGAUCGCCACCAACAAUUACAAGAAAUUCUAGGCAGCCAGCGUCAGAAGGAAUAUAAUCAAUUUUUACAAAAGCAGGAAGGCUAUCAUGACCCCCAUCCUUCAUCACGACAUACAGGCAAUGAACAGCAACAUUACAGAUCAUCCCCAUCACAGCCACAAAGUGUUCAGAAACUACUGGAAGUACAAAAACAGAUAGAAUCACAAAUGAAAGAAUUGAAAAAUCAAUCUGGAGAGGAAAGUGAAAAUGCAGAGGAUAUGCAAGACGGAAAGAAUAAAGGAAUACAUACACAAGCCAACAGACUAAAAAAACUAUCAAAACGGAAGAACGAACCACAGAGGAAGCUACUGGUUCAUCAGCGAGGGUUACAAAAUCCACCAUGGGCAGAACAUUUUGAAGUAGAAGACAUCAAAACAACAGAAAAAAUAGGACAUGGAGAUGAUAAGAGUGGAGAUUUAUCUGAAGAAAAAAACCUUGAAGAACAACCUUGGUAUCAAAAUCACCAGAAAAACAUUCUCCCAAUAGAAAAGGAGGCCAUUAAAAACCGUCAUCUUCAUGAGAAGUAUGAACCUAGUCAGUUUAGUCAAUCUGAUCGAGGUUAUUCGAAGUUCAACAAUAAGAAUGACCUUCAAGCUUCGCCCGGCACGAACAGACAUCACUGUAACCAAACAGAUGAAUUGAAAAUGAAUGGAUACCAGGCAGAAAGAAAAACGAACAAAUAUGACAAUGGUCAUUAUGAAAAACAUUCUUAUCCAACACUGAAUCAUCAUCAGAAUGGUUCAUUUUCUGUUCAGGAAGGGCGUCCUAAUGGAAAUCCAGAGAGUAAAGAUCAGCAAUCAAAUACUAGAGAAAGUGAGAGUCAUUUGUGGAACAAUAAUAGAAGAAUGGAAUAUGACAAAAGCCAUCCCCGGAAUAAACGACAUAGCCAGGAUCUAUCGUCGCAGGAUUUAGAUAAACAUACCAGACAUCAAGUCCAACAUAGAGAAGAACAUCCCAGACAACAAGGUGAGAGUAGACAUGGUGAAGGUCAUAUGGACAAUGGUCAAAUGGCCCAAGGUCAACAUGAAGAUUUGCGGAAGAAAUAUAUUGAUCAGAAACGAGAAAGUCAAAUACAGUCACAGGAUAAAAAAAUAUAUGAAAAUCGGUCUGGCAGAGGUCAAUGGGACAAAGACCAAUGGGACAAAAGUCAAUGGGAUAAAGGUCAAUGGGGUGAAGGUCAACUAGAUAAUGGUCAGCUAGAAAUGGGUCAGAAUAAGGAAUAUCACCUGGAGAAUCUGAAAGAAGAAGAAACCACAGAGGAAGGAAAGACCUUUGAUGAUUUUAUGCCGUUUGGUGGAAUGUUGAGGAGAAGAAAAGUUGACCCAGUAAUUCUAAAAGCAGAAUUCUUGAAGGAAACACAGAAGAAUCUCAUUGAACGGACUAUGAAGGAACAAAAUCCUUCUCCUCGGAGAGCACCCACACCUCCCAAUGGUCUAGAUAUCAUUACCCAGGACGAGAGGACAAGGAUGGCUCGAGAGAAACAGAGACUUUAUGGACAGGAGCUACAGAGGCAAACACAAGAACAAAUGCUCCAGAAAAUCCAGAAUAAUAUUUCAGUCAUUGAUAGGAGAGGCCAACAGCCAACUGGUCCAAAUCAAUACAAUCACAUCCCUCCACAGCAGCAUAUGCCUCCACCCCAACAACUUGCUUCACCUCCUCCCCGUAAUGUUGCACCGCCACACCCUCCCCCACAGAGCUCGUCUCCUCCACCACCACAACACUCACAGCAGCCGCAAUCUCAAAUGAAAACCCCCCAGUUACCUCCCAAUCAGAUGCAGAACUCCCACAGGGAACAUCACCAAGGCACACCUGCUGGAUAUCAGUCCCCACCCCCCAGGCACAGGAGUCACCCCACCCCCCAGAGAGUGGAACAGGGGUACUAUCCAGAGUUUAACGGGAAACAACACAGUCCAGUAGAGUCGAGAGAUGGCCACCGUCCUCCACCCCACCCAAGGAGAUAUGCCACACCCGAUAGGCCGGACUGGGCCCGAGGACCACCCAGACAGAACGGAACUCCCACAGGCAGAUCUUCCCACAGGCGUGACGAUCGACAGACUCCUAGUUACUGGAAUGGCGGAAUCCCUGUCAAGUCUCCAGCGACCACUCCCAGUACUCGCACGCCCAGCACACAACACUCUAAUAGGACUCUGACCCCUAAAGAUACCCAGGAGAACAUGCCAGACAUACAUCUAGAAUCCUACCGCAAAAAUCCCAUCUCAGAAUGGCGCCAAAAGGAAAGGAAUAAAGAAUACAAUGCUUUCCUGAAUGAGGAAGACAGGAAGGCUCAGAAGAAAAGAGAGAAGCUAGAUAGUAUGAGGAGGCAGCCAGCAGUCCAACCAAAGUUCGACCAUUAUUCCAACUCCGAUAACCAUGAACGUCAUCGUCAAAACUUGGAAACAGAACGUCGUGAACAAUACCAAUCCUUCUUGUCACAGAAUGGAGAGCCGGUAUAUACCUAUGCUAGGAAUCCGAGCUCAGAUUUAGCCCACAGUAGGCUCUCGGGCGGGCUGGUGGGUGGCAUAUUUGGUGAUGUACAGCACGAAAUGGAACGCCGACGAGCUAUGGUCAAUCAGCGAAACAAAGAGUAUAAUGACCAGAAGAAAAAGAGUAAAACAAAGGAAGCUUCGCAUGAGUUCGACAGACAUGCUGCUGAAUUCGGUUUACCUCUUGAUAAUGAGAUGUCAAAUGAAAUGCGCCGACGGCAAGAAAACGUUCGAAAUCGGGAAUAUAGGAUUUUUUUAGAAAAAAAGAGUAAAUCACAAGAGCCUUCACAAGAGGUCUUCAGAAAAGCUCCAGAAUUCGGUUUACCUCUUGAUAAUAGGAAGUCAAAUGAAAUGCGUCGACAGCAAGAAAAAGAUCGAAAUCAGGAAUAUAGGAAUUUUUUAGAAGAAAAGAGACAUUCACCACGGAGGUACCAACCACCUACACCAGAGGAAAAACAAGGGCUUCCGUUAACACAAAAGCCCUACGAUGAUAUGAGGGCAUUUAAAGAAAAGCAGAGAAACGUGGAAUAUAACCAGUAUCUCGCCAAGCACGGACUCCCAUAUGAUAAGAUGAGUUUAAAAGGAAGUGCCCAGCAAUCAGAAAGACAAGCAAACGGCUACCAUUCAGAAACGGAGCAGCGUCCUCCUCAGAAAAUGCACCCAAGCAAGAAACACGACCGAGAGGUUGCGCACAGAGUUGAGGAAGAGAAGAAGAAUCAUACCAGAUAUUGGAAUAUGUUGAACGAGAAAAAGAAAUCUGAGGUACCUAGGAGACAAGGGGAUCCUUCUAUGGACGAAAAGAGCAUGUUCUCCGAUAUGGGUAAAUCACAGGAAGCUCACAAACGAAGAAUGCAUGAGAACGCUAAGCAGGAUUACAAGAAUUAUGUUGAUCAUGCCUUCCCAGAAGGUCUGAAUAGAGGCCAGCCAUCCUUUGCUGCUAGAAAACAGCCACCUGAUAGUUGGUAUAACGCCCAACCCCCAACACACAGACACUCACCACCUCGUGACUACAGACCAGAACAAAGUAAUCAGAAGAGUUACGGUAAUGACCCUUACGCCGAACGCUUGGAACAAGCACGAGCAAACGAGGCUAUGUACAGGAGACAAGACCAUGAGAUGAACGGUCAGGGACAAAGGCAUCCCCCACCUAGACAAGAGGCCCCAUAUGCAUUGCACUAAAAGGCAGGAAGAAGACGACUUCGCCAUACAGAGCUGUAAUACAAUGUUCAUGACAUCUAUGCAGAGGUAUCCACAUAGCCCUGAUAGACGGGUGGUCGAUGUUAUCAAUAUCACUUGUAUUAGUGCUUGUAAUGCUGCGAAUUAUUUUUGACGGACAUGCAUGUGCCGAGCACAACGGGAAUCACUUAUAUAUGUAUCUCUGUUUAAAGAAUUAUUUAUUCUUAGUCGCAAACUAUUGUAAAAUAUUUUUCUCGUUUUGCUUAUGAAAUGCAGAACACUGUAUAAAAUAUUGUAUAAGAAAUCAGUAUAGUCGUAUAUGUGUAUCAUUCAUAUAAUAACAUGUAUGUUUCAACACUUCAUUUUGUUGUAAAUAAUCGGAUGUUUCAAUGUUGCAUAUUCUAGUUGUACAGUUGAUGAAUUGUUAUGAAAUAUUCCAUUUGCACUAUGGUAUAGUAUUUGCCGUCAUAUAAAUGUAGACCCUAAACUGCCCAAGUUACGUUAUUCCAUAAUGUAACCGUAGUAUACAGUAUCCCAUCAUAAGAUAUAGUGCUGGAUGGCUAUCGAUAAACAUUUGAUUAUUUGUUAUUUGUUUUAAUUCGCUAACCUGAAGCCAUUAUCGUCUUUAAAAUAUAAAUUACUCAUAAUUGUCAUUACUAAUUUCGAAUUUUCGUGGAAAUGACAACUAUGAAAAAGGAUGAUUAUUCGCACUAGGAUUGUCUUAUUAAAAUCAUUACUUUCUCGUUCUAGUAAACGGUUUACCCUCGUAAGAUUCGAAGGGCAAACACUAAUGUAACUAGCUUGUUUUCAUUAAAAGUAUGCAAGAGUUUGAGUGAGUGUAGCUUAGAUAUAUAUUUCAAAUUACUUUUGUUGAAAUAUGACUGUGAUAUAUAAUGCUGUGUUCACUUUCGAGUUGUGUGAAUGUGCCUUUCAUUUGCCCGUAGGAUAGUCAUAUUACCUUUUGCCCUGGAUGGUGUUGACGCAAAGUGUAUAGUAGGUAAAAUUAGACCAUCAUAGAUCUAUAGCUAUUUAUUGUUAUAUGUAUCUUACGUUGUGUGAUAUACAAAGACAAUGUAUAUCUAUUACUUGUGAUAAAAUAUCAUUUAAAAUUAUGACAUAUAUAUGUUCUUUGAUACAUGUCACGUGUAGGUCGAAAUUUAUUUUGUGUGUUGUGAUAUAGCUUAUAUACCUUGAUAUAUCCUACAUAUUGAUAAAUAUCAUACAUAUUGUGAUAUGUAUCGUACAUAUUGUGAUAUAUGUUUAACUUUUGUAUUAUUUUACGUUUUGUGAUAUUUAUCUUACCUAUUGUGAAAUAUAUCACACUAUUGUGAUAUUUAUCUUACCUAUUGUAAUAUUUAUCAUACUAUUGUGAUAUAUAUCUUACCUAUUGGGAUAUAUAUAUAGUACGUAUUGAGAAAUCUCUUACGUAUUGGGAUAUAUAUCAUACUAUUGUGAUAUUUAUCUUACCUAUUGUGAUAUAUAUCACACUAUUGUGAUAUUUAUCUUACCUAUUGUAAUAUUUAUCAUACUAUUGUGAUAUAUAUCUUACCUAUUGUGAUAUAUAUAUAUAUAUAGUACGUAUUGAGAAAUAUCUUACGUAUUGUGAUAUAUAUCUUAUGCAUUAUGAUAUAUAUCCUGCCUAAUGUAAUAUCUUACGUAUUUUGAGGUAUUAUUUAUGUAUAUUAUGAUUAAAUUAUAUCUUUCAUGUUGUGAUACAAUUCAUAGGUAUGUAAGAUUAUAUAUUAUAAUAUACGUAUCAUGGUUAUUAUAUACAAUGCUGUGAUAUGCGUCUGUUAAGUUAUUUUCCGUCCGUUUAGAAUUUAGUUUUUAUGUUAACUACACAUAAGUGUUAUUAUAUAAAUCCAUUUUCACAUACAUAUCGCUAGUCUUAAGUUUUUAGAUUCAUGUUCUAUGUUCCUAUGUUAAAUGCUGGUGAUUUUACUUGAAACGACCCCAAAUGGCAUACACGUUAAUCUACAUAAGAUAUUAUUUGAAUGCGUCUAAUAUCAUUUUAGGAAGUGAAUAUUAAAGAAUAUGUAAGCUUAAUUUUUAUUUUGAAAAAAAAAAUUGAAAUGGUUUACUCAUACAGUGAACAACAAACACGAAAUCCUUUUAAACGACAAACUAGCGCUUUUUGACGUGUCUUGUUUCACAUUUAGUUAGUUCACAAAAGCGAUGUUUUAACAUUUUGAUUAAUUGGUUCGUUUUAAGUAUUAUCAAUAUUUGUUGUUAGUUAUUUUGUCAAACUCGAUUUUUAAGAACAGGACUUCACUUUAAAAAAAAAUCUGAUAGGAAUACUAUAUCCAAUCCUUGUCUGUCGACUUUAAGUGCUGGGAGAGGGAAUUUGUUGAGAGAAUAUACAGUGUUUUGUAUAUUAUAUAACUUAUUUUGUAUUAAGAAGACUAUACUCUCACCUAUGUGAUACAUUUGAACUAUUUUUAGAAGCUUGUAUUUCUCAAAAAUAAAUAAGCUUCCAAGCUUA